UGCGGGUGUUUGAAUGAAAUUGAAGUUGAGAACGUAACAACAGCAGCAAACUGCCCCAAAUUGACAAUCAGAAUCAGGUUAAAUAUCACCGGCCAGAAACAUCACACAAGAAAAGGCGAUAAAGGCUUCCUGAGCAUCCGAUUAAAGCCCUGUCAUCGCUGGUUGCUAUACAGACCAGCCAACGAAAGACACAGAUCAGGAAUGGGAGGGUCAAGCUCCAGUGAACAGGUGGAAGAGACUGAGACCCCCUCGUUCUUCACACAGGAAGAACUGAACAAACUGAAGUCUGAUUUUGAAACAGGUGGUUUGGAAAAAGUUAAACCACUGAUACAGAAGAAAAUAACUGACUUGGACAAAACAGAGCUUAACAUCGCAGUGACGGGAGAGUCAGGUACAGGAAAAUCCACCUUCAUCAAUGCCAUGAGAGGACUUCGGAACACUGAUCCGGGAGCAGCUAAAUCUGGGACAAUAGAAACAACAAAGGAGCCAAUCGGGUACUCACAUCCCACUCUGCCUAAUGUUCGCUAUUGGGAUCUGCCAGGGAUUGGAUCUCCAGAAUUUCAAGCAGCCAGGUAUCUCACAGAAAUGAAAUUCAAAAGAUUUGAUUUCUUUAUCAUAAUCUCCACUUUUCGAUUCAAGGAAAAUGAUCUAAAUCUUGCCAAAGAGAUUAAACGGCUGGGGAAAAAGUUCUACUUCGUCCGCUCUAAGAUUGACGUCGAUCUUGAUUCCAUGAGGAAAGAGAAGAAGGUGGUUAAUGAAGAAGAGGAGCUGGAAAAGAUUCGGAUUGACUGUGUCACGAGGUUGGCAGCAAAAGGGAUUCCGGAUCCAACUGUGUUCCUGAUAUCCAGUUUUGAGCCGGAUCAUUUUGAUUUCAUUCGUUUAAAUGAAGGACUCGAAGGUGAUCUAAAUAAUGUAAAGAAAAGGAUCUUUGUCCUGGCCCUUCCAAAUCUAAGUGUGGAGGUAGUUCAGAAGAAAAAUAAAAUUCUGAAAAAACAUAUCUGGAUGUUUGCAACACUCUCUGGGGGAUUGGGAGCGGUCCCAUUUCCCGGCUUCUCUCUCGCUUGUGAUAUUGGUAUAUUGAUUGGGGCUAUUGUCUACUUCCGGAAAUGCCUGGAUCUGGAUGAUGCUUCUCUUCAAAGACUGGCCAACAGAGCAGGAAAACCCGUAGAAAAGCUGAAAGCGACAAUAAAAGCUCCAUUGCUGGGUGAAAUGACCCCAGAUGCAAUAAUGAGGUUAGGUUGGGGUGCUGCUGCUGUUACCGUUUCAGCCCUGGAAUUCGCUCUCGACUUUGUCCCUGUCCUUGGCUCCAUUUUCGGAGCAGGCUCAUCAUUUCUCAUGACGUACAAGAUACUGAGUGCUGCACUGAAAGAUCUUACAGACAUUGCAGGGAGAGUGAUGAAAGUUGCCUUUGAAACUGAUUAACUGAGCUGUACAAACAUCUACCCAGUGAGUUUAUAUUAUGCCGUGGUUAAUAAUUUGAUGUUAUCUCACACCAAAUCCUCCUAUAAUUCUAGUUGAUAAUGUUCACUUCCACUACAUUCAUUCCUGGAAAUGUUUCUCAUUCAUUACUGAAGGGGCUUCAGAUGGAGUUUCCGAUCUGAGGCACUUGAAAAACUUGUGCAAGAUUAACAGAGUGCAACUCUAUGAAGUAAACUUUAAAAUUAAACUAUAUCUGCCUUCAGAAGUGUACAUGAAGUAUGUACCCGAUAAACAUCAGCCGCACCUUGCAUUGUUCAGCCAAUUACCUGUUUAAAAAAGAACUGCAGAGGAAAAAUGAUAGCUCAUACUUUCGUGCAGCCUAUAGGUGUCAGUAUCAAAUAAAACAUAAACCAUUGGUUGGAAGAUCAAGUGCCACCCCAACCAUCUGAUGUUAACUAUCAGAAAGAAUAUCACAGCCAGUGUUUAGUGCUUGUUGACCUGCACAGUUUCACUUACUUUCAAGAGAACCUCUGAAAAGCUUUAAAAAGCAUCAUUAGAGAAUUUGGCUCAAACCUCAUGGCAAGAUUAGGAAUCAAUAAAGCCUGGCGUGUUUAGAUCUCAUUUAAUAUCGUCAAACAAUUGUUGAUAAUUCUCCCUUCUGCAGGUUCUGCGAGUUUUGCAUGAACAAUUACCCAUACAGCACAGCAAGUCAGGAUUAUUCUAAGUAGUUUAUUAAUACUUAUUAAUAAAUCACAAUGCAAAAAGUAAGGAAUAAUACAAAAUAUUGCAAGAUAACAGAAUAAAUUACAUUAUUGAAAUAAACUCAUCAAACUUUACAUCUCAAUUGUAACUAUAAACUAAGCUCAGUUAAUAUCCUUUUUCACUCUAAUUGAGCUUAACUCAACCUUUAUGAUCACUUGGAGGAAAUUGCUUUGGAUGAUACCAGUGCUGUGUCACAUACAAUAUCUCAAACUAUUCCAAAAAUGAAACUCACUUCUGUGAAUUUAUUCAAAACUCACCAUUUGUGAUUGUGCAUAUUACAUUCAGCUUUUUCCACCACAAGUCCAGUAUUAAUGAAUUUAAUUAUAUCCCAUCAUCAAUAUCAAGCUGGAUUUUUUUUUUGUCACUAGGAAAUUGAGGACUGAAAAGAUCUUGCCCUAUUAAAUGCUUACUUGUCCUGAGUGUUCUGUGGCAUUCCUUGCAUAGAAACUCUGCGGUAAACAGAUCUAUAAACUGUCUUCCUUCUAUCCGAACUAUUGCUUUCAUGGAUUCCCUCGCCCACCGGUUGAAAAAUAAGAGAAAAUGCCAUAGUUGCUCGAAAACUGAAAUGAAAACCAUCUGAUGGAAAUACUCAUCAAAUCGGGUAGCAACUAAACAGAGAGAAGUAAAUUUCAUGAUACAAGUCAAUUCUCUUCAUUUGAAACUGCAUCAAAAGUUUCUUCAAAUAUUCCAGUGAUUCGUCCUUGUAUAGCAGAAGGGCACAGAAUCAACUUCAGUGCAAAGCAUGAAAUAAUCUCUUCUUUGUUUGGUAAUAAUCACCAAAACAUCACAAAAUAUUGUUGAAUUAAUGUAAGAACACAGAGUAAAACAUUGAAAUAUGUGAAGUAAAUUCAAUUCCUUAAAAUUUUGGCAAUUAAUUCAAUGCUCUGCUGCAUUAAUGAUUCUUUAAUUUGUGUGGGGAAAAUAGGUCAACAUAAUUGAAGGAAACAGUGUACAUUAUGACAUUGAUAUUAUGGAACAAACACUGAGUGCCCCCAGGCUUUCUUCCCUGGACUCAGUUUUCAGAGGAAUUAUCCAGUCUCCAGCAGAGACGUCAUGGGCCUGCUUUGCACCAUCAUCGUCAAAAGGGCUGUGAUCAGGAAUGGUGGCAGCAAAAUCACAAACUAUCUCAGAGAUGUUGGGAAUCCAGAUUCACACACACACAAAAUGCUGCAGGAUCCCAGCAGGUCGGACGCUAUCUGAGGAGAGGAGUAAUCUGUUGACAUUUAUUUGACUUCAUCAGAUCCUGAUGAAGGGUCUCAGACCAAAACAUCAACUGUUUAUCCCUCUUCAUAGAUACUGCCUGAACUACUGAGUUCCUCCAGCAUUGUGUGGGUUACAGUAUGCUACAGCGCUACAGUGCCAUCAAAGGAGAGAUCUUGUGUUCAAGGAGUAGCUUGUGAUAGAAAGCUACCAAGGUAAUUAAAGCUGAUCUUUUGUUCAAUCUCUUGGUUACCGAUGCAUAAUUGGCAGUUGGGGGUAUCUUGUUGUUUUGGUAUCACCAUACAUUUGUGUCUUUUUUUUAUACAGUUGAUGGUUAGACCAAAAUCUGCACUUGUUUGUACGACUUUGUUGAGGAGGAUUUAUAGGUCUUCUGCAGCACUUGCUAUUAGGAUGGUAUCGUCUGCAUAUCUCAUAUUGUUAAUGUUAACACUUCCAAUUUUUAUCUAAUGUAGGUUUUCUUUUUCUCUGAGAAUCAUUUCACUAUAGAUAUUAAAUAGUUCCGGUGAGGCAAUGCAACCCCGUCUAAAUUCUACUUGAAUUUUAUUAUCCACAACAUUUACUAACCCAUCCCUCCACUUCCUCAUCCAGGUUAUUUAUAAAAAUCACGAAGAGUAAGAGUCCCAGAACAGAUCCCUGAGGCACACCAUUGGUCACCAACCUCCAUGCAGAAUAUGACCCGUCGACAACCACUCCUUGCCUUCUGUGGGCAAGCCAGUUCUGGAUCUACAGAGCAAUGUGCCCUUGGAUCCCAGGCCUCCUUACUUUCUCAAUAAGCCUUGCAUGGGGUACCUUAACAAAUGCCUUGCUGAAAUCCAGAUACACUACACCUACCUCUCUUCCUUCAUCACUGUGUUUAGUCACAUCCUCAAAAAAUUCAAUCAGGCUCGUAAGGCACGACCUGCCCUUGACAAAGCCAUGCUGACUGUUCCUAAUCAUAUUAUACCUCUCCAAAUGUUCAUAAAUCCUGCCUCUCAGGAUCUUCUCCAUCAACUUACCAACCACUGAAGUAAGACUCACUGGUCUAUAAUUUCCUGGCCUAUCUCUACUAUCUCUCUUGAAUAAAGGAACAACAUCUGCAACUCUUCAAUCCUCCGGAACUUCUCCCGCCCCCAUUGAUGAUUCAAAGAUCAUUGCCAGAGGCUCAGCAAUCUCCUCCCUCGCCACCCACAGUAGUCUGGGGUAGUAUGGGCAAAUUUGACUCCUCAGUGGCUCAAAUUAUGGGCUGGAAGUUAUUCAAACAUUUAAAGUUAUCACCUCAGGUAACUGAGGGUUAAAGUUAUCACCUCAGAGCUUCAGUGAUCUUGUUGCAAUGAGCGAGGGGAGUGAACUCAAGUGCAGGGCACAGGCACGGAAACUGCGUUUGGAUGCUUACACGGGCGUAAACGCCGAACAGGAAACAGGAGGAAUUUUGACGUGGAGCCCCGAUGUCGAGCCUUGUCUCAGAAACUUGACAAGGAGCCAUGACACAGAGCCUUGACUCAGAGAGAUGGAGUCUCGUAGGUAUGUUUUGAAACUGGAACUAACUUAGAACAAACAAUUCUAAGCGGUCGGGAAAAGUAGUUAACUCACAGGAAUAAGACCAACGAACUGGGGACUAGUGGUUGUGACGCCGGGGUUCCUGUACUGCAGUUCUUGAUGGAAACCAGGUGUGCUGUCAUCAAAGCGAAUUAGAAGCAAUUGGGAAAUAAACAGUCAGAAUCAUGGCACAAUCAACGGAAAUUAGGAGCAAGGUAGGGAAUAAAUGAUAGGGACCAGAACAGAUCUGGGUUCUAUGCUGAUUCCGUUGUUCCCACUUUAACCUUUUCCUGACUUCUCUUUCUGUGUUGGGAUGGGUUUUUCCCCAAAUGCUCUGUUUCAGGUUACCUGGCCACUGUAAGUUGCCAUAAGUGCAGGCAAGUGAUGGGAUUGAUGGGAACAUGACAUGAGUGGGUUACGGGGCAAAUUGUCUGGGAAGGGUAUAUUCUGUAGGCUGUGUUAGGUGGUUGGCACAUUAAAUAUAGAAUUGAGUCAGGUUUUAUAAACAAACAUAAACAUUUAUUAAACUCUCCUCAACAAUAGUGAAAAGUAAACAAACCACUAAUGUAACCGGAAGUUAACUGCUAUACGGCAAUUUAACAAACAGCCAAACUCUGGAAUAGUUCUUAAAGUGGUAAAUUCGGAAGCCCAAGUGAUUUAUACAGUCAGAAAGGAGAGACUUCCCUGAAAACUGAUUUCUUUGAAGAUGUGACAUUACUGCUGAUCUCAGCCGAGAGAUGCCUUGUCCAAAGGAUUGAGGUCGAAGGAAAUAAAACGGCUUAAAGGAACUGACCUUUUUGCUGGAGGAUGAACACUGCACAAACUUUCCUGAUCUUGCAGGGGUUAUCUCAGACUCAGGCCAUUAUUCCUGAAGGAAGAUACAAUAAGGUCGAUCAUUUAUAAAACCUCCGAACAACACCAACUUUACUCAAUCCUUCGGGUUCCCGUACUUUGGUAAAGUCUUCACUCUCCAAUACUAGACUGUAAAGGUAAAACAAAGGUGCAACAAGCAAAAACUGGCAGCGAUUGGCGAAAAUGCCGGUAACAACUUUUGCACCUUAAAAUAGAAAGUAAAACCUCACUUUAAUUCAAAACUGCGUGAUAAGACAGCCCUGUUUGUCUGAACACAGUGGUUGAGAAGAUUUUGGAGUCAGUUGUUAGGGAUGUGGUUUCGGGGUACUUAGAGGCUCAUGAUAAAUAGGUCAAAGUCAGUACGAUUUCCAUAGGGGAAAAUCAUGCCUGUUGGAGUUCUUUGAAGACAUAAUCAGCAGAAUAGCCAAAGUAGAGCCGGAGGAUGUUGUGUACUUGGAUUUUCAGAAGGCUUUUGACAAAGUGCCUUCCAUGAGGUACCUUAAUAAGUUAAGAGCCCAUGGUAUUACAGGAAAGAUAGUAUGUGCAUAGAGCAUUGGCUGAAUGGCAGGUUGCAAAGAGUGGGAAUAAACGGAGACUUUCCUUGUUGGCUGCUGGUGACUAAUGGUGUUCCACAGGGAUCUGUGUUGGGAUCACUUCCUUUUAUGUUAUUCGCCAAUGACUUGGAUGAUGGAAUUGUGGAUGUGUGGCAAAGUUAGUGGAUGAUACAAAGGUGGAGAAGUAAGUAGUUUUCAGAAGGUUAUGUUGGUGGUGAGGAAGGCAAAUGUGUUGUUAACAUUUAUUUCUGAAGGUCUAGACUAUAAAAACAAAGAUGUGUUAUUGAGGCUUUGUAAAGCACUGGUGAGGCAUGACUUGGAGUAUUGUGAUCAGUUUGUCUCCCUUAUCUGAAAAACGAUGUGCUGACAUUGCAGAAGGUUCAAAUGAGGUUUACAAAAAUGAUAUGCUGAUGGAGUCUCAACCCAAAACAUUGACUGUUUAAUCUUUUUCCAUAGAUGCUGCCUGACCUGCUGAGUUCCUCCAGCAUUUUGAAUGUGUUGCUUGGAUUUCCAGCAUCUACAGAGCUUCUCCUGUUUCUCAGAAUGAUUCCAGGAUUGAAAGGAUUGUCAUAUCAGGAGCCUUUAAUGGCUCUAGGCCUCUACUGACAGGAAUUCAGAAGAAUGAGGGAUAACCUCACUUAAAUGUAUUGAGCAUUGAAUGGACUCGAUACAGUGGACAUGGAGAGGAAACUUCCAAUGUCAGGGGCCCCUAAGACCAGAGAACAUAGCCUCAGAAUAGAGGCACCUCCAUUUUGAAGAGAUGACGAGGAAUUCCUUUAGCCAGAGAGUGUGGAGGCCAUGUCAUUGGGUAUGUUUAAGGCAGAGAUUGAUAGAUUCUUAAUUUGUCAGGGCAUGAAAGGAUAUGGGGAGAAGGCAGGAGAUUGGGGCUGAGAGGGAAAAUGUAUCAGCCAUGACAAAAUGGCAGAGCAGAUUCGAUGGGCCAAAUGGCCUAAUUCUUGUCCUUUCUCUUAUGUUUUUCUGGUCUAAUAUAUUCAAUAUAUCUGCUAUUUCUUUUAUCCCAUUACUACCUCUUCAGCACCCAUUUUCAGCUGUCCUUUUUUUUGCCUCUCUUUUUCUCUUUUUAUAUCUGGAAAAAAAUUGGUACCCUCUUUUAGAUUAUUGGCUGGAUUAUCUGCAUAAUACACCUUUUCUCUCCUUAUUGCUUUUUAGUUGCCUUUGGUAGUUUAUAAAAGGUUUCCAACUAUUGGCAAGUUCACUGAUGAAAUGAUGACGAGACGAUUUAAAAAGAGGAUGUGGGGGAGCUUGAAGCCUGUUGUCAGGCAAAGAACCUCUUCCUCAGUGUCAACAAGACCAAUGAGUUUGUUACUGACUCAGGAGAACUCAACCAUUCACACCCCUCCUUACACUGCUCACACAACAGUGGAAACUGCAAGCAGUGCAAACCCCUGGGAGUGCACAUCACACACGACCUCUCAUUGUCCCAGAAUACAUCCUACAGUAUCAGAACAGCUCACAAACAACUCUACUUUCUGAGGAAGCUGAAGAGAGCUGGACUAUGUAUAUCCAUACUCACAUCCUUCUACAGAUGUGCAGUAGUGAGAAUCCUAACAAGCUGCAUCACUGCUUGGUACAGAAACUAUACUGCGAUGGACAGGAAGGCUCCACAAUGGAUAGUCAAAACUACCAAAUGCAUCGCCGGCACCAGCCUAACACCACCAAGUACAUGUAUAGAGAAAAGUGCUGGAAAAGGGACAGUAAUAUCAUGAAGGAUCCCAGACACCCUUCUGAUGGACUACAUGUCCCAGGGAGGGGGUACAUAGCAUCCAUGCCAGGACCACCACACUCAAAACCAUUUACUUUCUCCAAGUAGUAAGGCUGAUCAACACCUCCACUCACUAACCAACUCCUCCACAUCUCGCACCAGCACUACUUUAUCAUUUCCUGUCAGAGUCACUUGAUGUACAGACAUUUCUGUGCCUUGCAUCAAUUUAUAGACAAUCAAUCUGUGCACACAGCUUAUGUAUUAUAUUUGUUUUUUUUUCUAUUAUUGUGUUUUUAUCUUACUGCAAUUCCUUUUGUGCUCAGGAGUAACAAUUAUUUCAUUCUCCUUCACACUUCUGUGCUGGAAACGACAUGAAACAAUCAUGAAUCUUCUAGCUUCCUUUCAAUUUUUGCUAUUUGUCUGCCCUCUCUUGAUUUUAUGCUGCCUUCUACUUUCCACGUCAGCCACCGUUACCUCUUCCUCCCUUCCGAAUGCUGUUGCUUCUUUGGAAUGAACUGAUCUUAUGAAUUCCCAAUUCAGAAACUUCAGCUAUUGUUACUUUAUUCAUACUUUUCCAAGCUGGCCUGGGAAAUGUGUCAGUAUUUGUGCGGUGCCCCACAGUAUUACAGAGGGUGUCCAGGAAGUGUGUCAGGAUCACUGAGGUCCCCAGGAGUGUAUCAGUAUUUACAGAAGGUCUCCAGUAAGUGUAUGAGCGGUCACUGUAGAUUGUGUCAUUAUACUUACAGGGGGUUUCUGUGGAUAAUAUCGCUAUACGGGGGGGGGGGGUCCCUGUAUAUGUGUAUAUAUAGAGGGUCCUGUGGAGUUCCUUGUUAUUUACAGAGAGUCCCAGGGUUUUUAAAAUCACUAUUUACCUGGGAUAUUAGAAAUUGUUUUAACAUUUAUUGGCGUUUCCGGGUGGUGUACCAGUAUUUAGUUUCAAUAGUUCCAUUUAAUGUAUACAAUAUAUAUCCUGAAAUUAUUGUUCUUCACCAACAUCCACAACAACAGAAGAGUGCCCCAAAUUAUGUGACAGUAACAGUAAAAAUGUGAGAACCCCAGAGCACCCCUCCCACUCUCCCCCCACGCACAAGCAGCGGCAAACAACAACCCUCCCCUCCCUCACCUACUUCAGCCAAAAGCAUCAGCACCCUCUACCCACCAAGUAAGCAAUGAUAAAGCCCACAAGAAAGACCAUGAUCCACAGUGCUGUACAACAAAAAGAAUCGUUCACUUAACAUACCACAGACUUUCUCUCUCCCUAAUAAAGGGGCAGAGAGGUGUCAUUCUGCGAGAGGGGAGACAUCAACAAAACAAUCAGGACCAGGAUGGCAGUGCUUGGUUGUUGGUAGGUAGGGUUAAUACCUGACUUUCAAGAGCACUUGUGAGUUAUGUUCUGACUGGACUUAGUCCUUAAACUGCUGGAGAACAGUGCGGAAAGAACAGGUGCUGUUUUCUCCCGGUAGGGAUUAGUUUUUAGUUCCAAGUGCUCCUGCCACGUUUUGUCACCCUGCAACCAUAUCCUUCAAUCUCUUUGAAUUAUGGAGGACAGCACGUGUAUAAAUGUCUCUCCAGCAGACCUCAUCAUGAUCAUGACUCCAGUAUUUCUAUUAUUUUUUAAUAUUUCUUAAUUGUACAUAUGAUUUUUUUGUGUUCUAUCGCUGAGCAUCUGUGAACCAUCUGAUUGGUCUAACAGAGUUCUCUUUGGGAAUUAGUUGACUUGAUCAGUAUUUCUGAUCUGGUUAUUGUUCACGAUUGCAUUUAGUAAAAAAAACAACUCGCUGAACUGCGAUGCUAAAAUCCGCCGCUUGGUUUUUUUCCCCAACUUCUCCAACUCGGGAAUCGGCACAAAAUUCUUCCCCACCAAUGAAAGUGGGAACGAGAACGAGAACGAAUGCGAUUCGCCGAGUACAGAACCCCCGACAGCCAAUCCGUUGUUCCCGAUGUUCUGUUUUUUUCCCCCUGCGAUGCUGCAGUCGCGACACCGACUUAAAAUCGGCUCUUCCACACGGCUGCGACGCCUCGGAACUCCGAAUGCACGCUCCUCUUCUCGGAGUCACAGUUAAGCACCAUCGCAGCUCCGCCCCGGAUGUCCUGCAGUCCCCCACAGCCCUCUGUUGGUCCAUAGAGACCCCAGUCUAUUUCCAAAACGCUGCGAGUCCCCAAGUCCUGCAUCUACCCCCGACCUCAUGCCAUUGUCUCACUCUCUCCCAAUAACCAAGUAAAUUCCCAUACUACGGAUUCACAACACCCUGCAUUCUCACGACAGCCCCGUGUUAGUCCCAGAACUAUUCCCACUGUCCUGCUCUCCUCCAAGAGCAUCAUGUCGUUCCCUAAACCGAUCCCUCUGCCGGGCUGUCUUCCCACAGCCACGUGUCACUUCACAAACUCACUCCACAGUUUCUCCCUCUAUCACAGCUCUGGUUUGGAACUCAAACAAAUGCCACUGCCCUGGUCCCCCGCACUGUCUAUAACCAAAACACUGUCAGUCUCCAAACUAAUCCUACCAUCCCACAAUCUCUCCCCACGGCCCUCCGUUUGGUCUCAAACUAACUCCACUGCUUCAUUCUCCCUCCACCACUGUCAUUCCCCAAACUAAUUCCACUUCCCUCUACUAACCCCACAGAGACAUGUCGGGCCGCAAAUGAAUUGCACUGCCCUUCUCUGAACCACACCCUGCGUCAAUCACCCUGCCCAGCCCUGUCAACACAGCCCAAAAUAGUGACAUGGUGUGGGUAGGGGAAUGGACUCAACGGUGUGUCUCAGUAUUCACACAGGUUUCCCAGGGAAUGUGACAGUAU